AUGAGUAAGUACCUGGUCAACACUUACCACGACCUAGUAGAAACCUAUACAAGUGAUGGGGAAACUGUGUUACAUUAUGCAGCUUAUGGAGGAAAUAUUAAUGUUUUCAAGCUUCUGAUAGACCAGGGUUUAGAUGUUCAAAAGAAAACAAACACUGGAAAGACAAUACUACACAUGUGCUGUCAGAAUGGUAAAUCGGAAAUGUACAAGUAUCUGAUCAACAAAUACCCAGACUUAGUAGAACUCUGUGACAAUGAUGGCAUAAAUACAUUACAUUAUGCAGUGUAUGGAGGGAAUGUUGAUGUUUUCAAGCUUCUGAUAGAGAAAGGUUUAGAAGUGCGAAAGAAAACAAAUUCUGGAAAAAACAGUCCUACAUAUGUGCUGUCAGAACAGUAA